AUGUUCCCUCCUACCGUCGCUGAGAACGCUCUGAUGAUGAGCACCGAGGUUGCCGAGAGGAUAUUUUUGUCCCAAAUACGCUUCGAUCAACCGGUCGUCACCGCGGAUGGGAUCCUCAAUAAAGAUUCCUCGACAGACAACAUCGACGUCAACGUACUGCCCAAGGAGCGCGUGCCCAUCAUUCAACACGUCGAGAUCGCCGAAAAGAAAAGUCGUCUGUACUGCGUGAACAAGGCCCUGAGCAUCUCGUACUGGCUAAAGAUCGUCACCUUCGCGAAGGACUGUCUGAGCUACAACGUGCAGCUGACGACCACCGACAACGGAGUGAUUCUAAAGACCACGAAACACAUAAAUUCGGGCGAACCAUUGCUGAUGUGGUUCGCCGAGGACAUCCUACAUAUGUUGGAUGUACCGACCCUGAUGCCGUUCAACAUUCGAGGUCAUAACUGCUACGUCUGCCACAAAUGCAACAAUCUGUUUAAAUACCCGAAUCCUUUGAAGAUCCACCUGACUCUACAGUGCAAUCAAUUGGACAGUAAUUAUCUAUGGAUCGUGUUGGCGGAAAAGUUCAGUCUGUCGCCAAGAUUCAGCCCGUCUUUCAAGCUGAACUUGACGAAAACGUCGAACCCGAACGUCUCGAUAACGGACAACGAAUCGCCGAGUACCACGAAUCAACCCUCACCGUCGUCUUCCAACGAAUCGUCCUCCAGUUCCACGGAAGUGUCGCCGAUGAGAAAGUUCUUGGACUAUCGUUUCCCGGUCUCCGCCUUCAAGCCCUACAUGAAUCAGCCCAACGUGUCCACGAGUGUUUGUCUACCCGGUGUAGACGAGACCGUUUUAACGCUCUACAACGUCCAACCGAACGCGGCAUUGAUCAACAAGGACAAUGUUGGCGUCUACAUAGACAAUGUGCUCAAAGCUCUUGAGAAAUCGCAGCAAGGGUUCCAGUGCAUCUACUGUAAAAAGGUCAGCACGAGGAAGUACAGUCUGAAGAUCCAUCUUAGGAUACACCUCGGUUACAAACCGUUGAUCUGCGCGAUCUGUCAUCAACAAUUUAGCGACCCGAGCAACUUUAACAAACACAGACGUAUACACGACAACAAACAAGCAAUUUGCAGGAAGACGAGAUCUUGA